AUGGUUACUGACAACUCUACGUGGACCCCCGAGACCGUGCUCUCUACGCUCCCCCACCGCCCGGAGGAGAACUCUACCUCACCCGUUCCCUUCUUCCACUUGAUUGAGCGCCUUAAGACCACCAAGCGCGAGGGCUGGCGCCGCUUUGGCAUCAAUGGCGAGUCGAUCUCUGACCAUAUGUACCGCAUGUCGAUCAUGACGAUGAUGGCCCCGCCGUCCCUAGCAACUAAGAUCAACAUCCCGCACUGCACAAAGAUGGCCUUGAUCCACGACAUGGCCGAGGCGCUUGUCGGCGAUAUCACUCCAGUUGACCACCACAUCACCAAGGCCGAGAAGGCUCGUCGCGAGGCCUCCGUUAUGGACUACAUCACCAGUACCCUCCUCGCCAAGGUCCCCGGAGGCAUCUUUUCGGGCGGGGAAAUCAAGAAAGUGUUUGAGGAAUACGAGAAGGACGAAACCCUUGAGGCCCACUUUGUACAUGAUAUCGACAAGAUGGAGCUGCUGUUGCAGAUGGUUGAGUAUGAGCGCUCAAGCGAGGUUGAUCUCACCGAGUUCACCCACGUUGCCUCGCGCAUCCGGUUGCCCGAGAUUCAAGCGUGGGCUGCUGAGGUCAUUCAAGAAAGACGGAAGAAGGCAUAA